AUGUCUUCUCAAAGAGAGCGGCACCGCCUGACAGUGGAUCUGGAAAAUGGCGACAACACCGAGCGCCGCAUAGCAGAGUUUCGGCGCAACCUCCAGGCCUACGAAGACAUGUCUCAUCAGAACAGCGCUUCCGAUCCUGAUUCUGGUUAUGGCACCAUUACCCCUGAACCCGCUGCUGCUUUUGUCGCCGAUCCAGAUUCUCCUCAUCUGGCUCCGAGCCCACGCCUGCAUCCCAACAUCACAACGCGUCCCCGCAACCGCAAUGGUCGCCGUCUGAGUGGUCUGUUAGGCAUCUCCCAUCGUGGUCGUCAUGUUCGAACACCCACCUUUGAUCACGACAACAGACCCAAGAUCUCAAGACCGAUUGUCGAUCAAGGAGAGAUUGGUGUUCCUAAUGAUGGACCAUACAUCUACAAUCAUCCCAGUCGACCUCGUCUCGAUGUUGAGAUUCCGCGAAGCAGUUUCAGUGAUCUCUGGGGCCAGAGAUAUGGUCCUAUUGGCGAUGAGGGAUACAAUGUGGAUCAUGUCCAACGUGAUGGCAGGAACACUCAGAAGAACUACAGACAUGAUACCAGGAGAUAUGGUGUCAGUCUUGGUGGCAUUGCUGACUGGAAUGCUUUCGUCACCGCCAACCGUGCAUCCGGAUCGUCAGUGAGCCCUGAAGAUGAGGAAGCAAAUGCAGGCGCAGAAGAUGAUAAUGGUAUGGACGUCUCAUACCUGGCGCCCUUGGUAUCUCCGACUCCUGCAUCUUCUUCGACGUCGAACGUCACAGCAUCAGCCUCACUUCCAUCCAUCUCCAACCUGCCGCCUCUGCCACCUUCAACAGUCGCCUUGAACGACGAACGCAUUACCACCCCUGAACCAGAAGAAGACCGCGCCCGCGCACCCACCCCUCUAAGUCGCGAACCAAGUGAACGCUGGAUUCGCCACCCACUUCGCCAAAACCCACCAAACCAUCAUCUAUCUCUGCCACCCCCUCCUCCGUCCUCACCAAUACUCCACCCAUCAACCCCAUCACCUAUCCCUCAGUGGCCAAACUUACAACACUUCCGUCCUUCUUGUGGAGUUGUGAUUGCCAAUAUCGGCACUACAGCUAUGGUGCAACCAUUUAUUGUUCUCCCUGAUGAUGAAGACAGUUUUGUCGAUGCUUCAGACGAUGGUGAGAGUUUUACUCACAGUUUUGGAGGUGAUGAGGAAGUUGUGCAUGUAAGGGAGGAUACACCUCCUCCUUCUCCUCCUGUGCAGAGAAGACUUUUUGUUGAUGCUUCUGCUUCUACUGCUACUUCCACUUCCCAACCUCAUCAACGUAGAAGAAGCACAAGUGGAGGUCUUAGAUCCCUCUGCUGUGGAUUAUUUCCACGCCGUUCUCGUUCUCGUUCUCAAACCGUCCACCCUUCCGCCGUCGUUCAACCCUCUGCUUCAACAGAACGUCCUGCCUUAAUGGCGCAGACACGUGUACCAGUCACUCACACCACUAUCCCUGAAGAAGACGAAGCGGAUGAAGAAGACAACGAUCAAGAAAAUCAACCUCCCACAAUCAUCGAAACUUUGGUCGAAUCAAACGAUGGAAACGGACACAUCCCUGAGGUCCGGCAGGAGCAAGAGGAAGAGCAGGCAGAAGGUGGUGCCAGUAGAAGACACUCUGUACGCCACAGUUGGGUUACCGUGUCUAGAUGGUUGGAGUAG